AUGAAGACAUCUCCUCUACUUCUAGCGGCAGUCUUGGCCGCCGCCGCAGCCUUUUUCCUGAAAACGGCUGCUUAUACAUCAUCCCCACCUCCCAAUCACAAAAAUACCUACAAAAACUUUGUCCUUACCCAAUGCAACGACAAAAAUGUACUAUAUCCUCACCUCUGUGAACAGACGCUACUUCCCUACGCCAACUCCAUACACGGAAACCUCGGGAAACUCGCCCACAAAGCCCUCAACAUCUCAUUAACCCGCGUUCAGGCCAUGACGUCAUGCAUCUCUCGCCAGAAAAGUCACGACACUAACAUCACCGCGGCUUUGGCUGACUGCAACAACACUCUCGCGACUGCACAGUCCUACAUAAAGCAAUCACUGCAGCAGAUGGACUCUCCAGCGCCCCCCAAGCAAGGGGGAAUUGUGGGGGAAAAUGUGAAAACGUGGGCGAGUGCGGCCCUAACAAACGAAGACACGUGCAAGGACGGCCUCAGCAAAUACUCAACCAACACUAGCUCUGCUGCGUGGGCGUGGCAGAACUGCAAUUCCAAGUACUUGGUGGAGAACGUGACAAGCAAUGCACUCGCCUUUGUUAAUAAAUACUAUUCUACUCCUCCUCGUCAUCCUCCUCCUCCUCCUAAGUAUUAA